CUUUAUUUACAGCCCGUCCACAUGAUUGAUGAUGCUCGGUACAAUAAAUAUGGCAAGUUCUUCGGGGCCUUCGAGUCUAACAAGCUCAUUCUGUUUGUUGCCGAGCCCGAACUCGUGAAGCAGGUUCUUGUAAAAGAUUUCCCGUCCCUUCCAAAUAGAAGGACAUUCACGUUCUAUGACCCACUGCUGGACAACAUGAUGAGCGUCACUCCCGUGAAACGGUGGAGGAGGAUUCGACCAGCGGCGAGUCCAGCAUUUUCUACUGGGAAGUUGAGAAAGAUGAAUGCGUUGAUCGAAGACUGCGCCCUGUCGACUGCGGAGCACCUGAAGAAAGCAGCUUCUAAAAAUGAAGACAUUGAUGUGAAGCAGUUCUUUGGUCACUAUACCCUGGACGUCAUUGCUAGGUGUGCCUUCGCGACAAGGCUCGACUCUCACUCUGACCAGACGAACGAAUUUGUCACUAGGACGAGACAGGCCUUCUCUGGACAAAUCACGCCACGUCUUGUCCUUUUCUUUUUAUUUCCGGCCCUGGCUAAGAUGAUUAGACUACGGCCCUUCAAUUCGGAGAUCUUUCUCUACUUCAAGCGGAUCUGUCAGAACAUCAUAAAAAGCCGACAGGACAAACAAUCCCACCACGAAGACUUUCUCCAACUUAUGAUGGAUGCCCAGGAAGGAAAGCUCGCGUCUGCUUCUGAAAACGCGGCUGAGCGUGACAACAAGCUAUUCAAUUUGGGCUCAGAUGUGAAACUGGACACUUCCUUUUCUUCAAACAAGACGUUGACCGAGGAUGAAUCGAUGGCCCAGUGUGUGCUGUUUUUCAUUGCUGGCCAGGACACAACCUCGUCGGUGAUUUCGUUCACGCUCUACCUGCUCGCUAUUCACCCCGAGGUGCAGGAGAAGUUGAGGGAAGAAGUGGACGAGUGCUUCAAGGUUCACGGAGAACACCCCAGCCUGGAUGUUGUCACGAAGCUCAAGUACCUACAUUGCGUUGUGUCCGAGUCUCUUCGAAUGUACCCUCCAGCGACGCGAAUUGAGCGAUCACCUCACGAGGACUACGUUCUCGGAGAUACGGGAGUGAAGGUGAAGAAGGACGAGUUGAUAGCGAUUCCCGUCUACUCGAUGCACUACGAUCCGCAGUACUUUCCCGAUCCUUCGAAGUUUGAUCCAGAAAGGUUCAGUGAUGAGAACCUAGAGUCCAUACAACCAUACACCUACCUGCCAUUUGGAGCAGGACCUCGCAACUGCAUCGGUAUGCGUUUCGCUCUACAAGCUGUGAAGGUGUCCAUCUUGUACACCAUCCGCAACGUCCAAGUCGUUCGGACUGAAAAAACAAAAGUGCCCCUAGAAUUCCGGAGUGGAUUCACAGUACUAACAGCCAAGGACCUGACAUUGGGAAUUCGGCAACGGGGCUAGUGAUUCACUAGUUCUUUGUUCUUUUCUUUUUCAACUGAUUGAUAUUUUGAAAGUGGCUGGAAGUUCCUGGUGUGAACGGAUCAACGUAUCUCUACAAGAAAGCCUUACUUCUCUUACCUUUUGUUCAGUGAAAUCGACUGUAUUCAGAAUUCACAAGUGGCCAUGCGCAAACUUUUUCGCACAUGUACGCGCCUUUGCGAGAAUAAUUUUGCGGUCCUUCUCCA